UGGGGUUUAUUUGUGCCUUAAACCGUUUCGGUGUAGUCCGGUGAUAUCUGUGCUAACUGUCGCGUAACUGGUUGUUCGGUCAUCGGAGAAGUCGGCGCAUCCCUUUAGUCACCCUUAGCCACUGGCCACCAAGAUGAUGGCCAAAACCGUGAAACUCGGCUGCUGGCUUUCUAUGCUAGCAGCAGUGGCUUAUGCCGCAAAGAAAACCUCUGAUCUUGAUACGGCAGCAGCGACAGCGUAUCAUUCGCACAGUAUCGUUCACCCAGCUCCCAGUUCCCAUGUGGCGGCGCAUCUCGGAGUGGCACCCUUGGCUCACCAUGCCCUCAGCAUACUCAUCACCCUACUCGUCACCCUUCCUAGCUGCUUAUCCUCAGGAUAACUCGUUAGGAGCCCCGCCCCCAGGCCCCCCGGCUGCCCCCCAGGUGUGCCCCGAGACGCCCCUCGGCCCCUGCGUGGACUCCAAGUACAGGGCCAUCGAUGGGUCCUGCAAUAACCUGAAAUACCCCAGGUGGGGAACCCCCAACACAAGAUAUGCCCGUCUCUUACCGCCCAAGUAUGCUGAUGGAGUGCACGCACCCCCAGUAUCAGUCACCGGCCAGAAACUGCCAGGUUCCCGGUUGGUGAGCAUUGUCCUGUUCCCAGAUGUUCCCAUCCCCGACCCGGUGUGGACUCUCAACUCCAUGCAGUGGGGACAAAUCAUUACCCACGACAUGAGCAUGGCUAUGGGUACAACACAGGCCAAAUCGCACUCUAUCCAGUGCUGCAGCCCCGACGGUAGACUGAGGAUCCCUGCCGAGUACGCCAACUCGUACUGCUUCCCGAUCAUCAUCCCUGAGGACGACCCUGUCUACGCCAAGUUCAACCAGAUGUGCAUGAACUUUGUCAGGAGUACCACUGAUCUCGACGCUGGCUGCUCCACCGGGAUUCAUCCCGCUGAACAGCUGGUGACAGUGACCCACUGGAUGGACGCCUCCCUUGUGUACGCCUCAAACGCCCAGCUGGCCGCUCAGCUGAGGGAGGGAGUUGGAGGCAGACUGAGGGUGCAGGUGAAGGGAGGAAGACCCUUUGCACCCGACAACUUCAACAAAUCGGCCGCCUGUGAUGUCCAGUCCGAGGAUGAACCUUGCUACCAGUUCGGUGACGUCCGAGCCAACCAGAACCCCCAACUGACUGUUCUGCAGACCGUACUGCUUCGUGAACACAACCGACUGGCCACCGCACUCCACCACCUCAACCCCCACUGGGACGACGAGACCCUCUACCAGGAGGCCAGGAAGAUCCUCAUCGCCGAGUUCCAGCACAUCAACUACUACGAGUGGCUGCCCAUCUUCAUCGGCACAAACAACAUGGCGAAAUACGGUCUUAUCUACCCGGGAGCCAAGAGCCACAUUGACGACUACAAAGAGGAGGUUGAUCCCAGCGUUAUCCAAGGACACGCCACGGCUGGAUUCAGAUACUUCCACUCUGCCAUUCAGGGCAAACUCGAAUUGAUCGCUGAGGACAGACGUAGCUAUGGGGCUCUGAGACUGAGCGACUACUUCAACCGACCAGGAGUCAUUGAACAGGGAGAUAAUUUCGAUAAUCUUGGAAGAGGUCUGCAGACUCAGCCACAGGAAACCGUCGACCCAUUCUUCACUAGUGAGAUCACCGACUUCCUAUUCCGCAACGGAAAGCCUUUCGGUCGUGACCUGAGGGCCAUCGACAUCCAGAGAGGUCGUGACCACGGUCUUGCCUCCUACAACGACUACCGUCACUUCUGCGGGCUGCCCAAGGCAUCCAAGUUCCAGGACUUCGGAGACUAUAUCAGUCCAGAGAACAUCGAGAAGCUGAGCCUGCUGUACGCAAGUCCGGAUGACGUGGACCUCGUGGUGGGAGGCUCCCUGGAGGCGCACGUCGACAAGACCCUUGUGGGGCCGACCUUCCUCUGCCUCAUCCUCGAACAGUUCUACCGGACGAGAGUCGGUGACCGCUACUUCUACGAGCGCAGUGCCCAUCAGGGAAAUCAUGGUGCUUUCACUCCUGAGCAACUGAACGAGAUCCGUAAGACGACAGUGUCACGACUGAUGUGCGACAACAGCGAUAAUGUCUACCAUAUGCAGCCGAAGGGCUUCGAGGUGCUAUCCCACAGUAAUCCACUGGUGCCAUGCGAAGAUUUACAUUCAAUCCCAGCCAUCGACUUGAGCUUAUGGAAGGAAGUGCCCGUUCCAGUACAUCAUGACUUUUACCACGAGAAGAAAUAAGAAAUCGCCAACAAUUACCUGCUAAUAAUCGAGUCUGUUGCUCCAAUCGCAAACAAAUCAAAAGACAAUCCACUCUGAAAUCGCUCUCUCUCUCCCUUCCGGUUGCACAUACGUCUAUUAAAUUUAACCACGAUCAAAUGCCGCGGUUAAAUGCUACAAGAACCAAUAAGUGAAGCUGAUGACGUCUUUGAUCACGGGUAGAUUAAUAUCUGAAUUUGUGAAGGAGGUGAAAUGGGUUUGUACCUGUUAUCCCCAUUAAUAGAAAAUUAAAUUAUUGAAAUUUAAUAAACUUGGAUCCGGUUGCAAGUCUGUCAACUUUUAAUCCCGAUUAAAUGUCACGGAAACCAAUCAGAGAUGCCAUCUUCUCAGAAAAACGUUCUCUGAUUGGUCCUCAUGUAAUUUAAUCAUGAUCUAAAUUUACCAGGUUUUCGAGCAACCGCGUAAGUUAACGACGUAAUUCCACUAGAACUUAUGGUAGAAGUUGAUGACGUAUUUGAUGACGGUUAAAUUUAACAGACGUAAGUGUAACCGGGCUUCACUCUUGGAAUCAUUAGCUGCUUCUCACUCUCUCGUCCAAAGCUUCUCUACUCCAAAGAUUCUGAGGUAGUUCAAAUAAUGUAACACGAUUUUGAAUGAUAUCUAAUACAUGACAACUCACAGAUAUUCAAUUCUCCCAAAUCGAUUUUCCAGUAUUUUUGCAUUAUCAUGACGAACUUCAACUAAAUCGAAAAUUUCGAUAUCUUUUGAUGAAUGUUAGCCACCUAUAUUAUAUUUCAUAUGACACGUAACACAAGACAGAAAGAUUUCAGAAAUCGAAUGAAUUUUCAAACUCCUAAAAUUGAAUCAGUGUUUCAUCUCUGAAAAUUGAUUUAUUUAUUGAAUCACGCGAUUCUUUACCUCAAAACUUCGACCAUCGACUAGCAUUGUAUCAAAUUCAUUCAAUACAGUUCAUUAUAUUUGGGAGAAAUCCUGUUUGCUUCCAUGUUUUCAUAAAUAAAGUACAUAGUUUCUGAAAGAUAUAUGGCUGAUUCUCACCAAUAUAGAGAUCAAAUUCCAUCGUUGUAGAUCCAUGACAUACUAUCAGUUAGCCAAAAAAUCUCCUCACUGUUGUAAAUAUCUUCCAAGUUUUAAAACCAUUACCAUAAUACUUUCACCAUUUAUGUUUUACACUUUUCAAUUAUUGUGUGAAUGUUGUGUGUUUAUAUUCAGAGUGUUUAUAUUCGAUGUUUGAGUAGAUUAAUUGUGUAAUAUAGUUGAAUGAAUGUGUUUUUUGCAUAAUGUAUUUUCAUCAAUAAAUAAUUAUUAAUUAAGCGGUUUUCUACAUCACUAGUGAGUUGAAUGUUAGGACAGUAGGCCUAUGUUCAAAUGCCACAUUGGUUUUGUGUUAAAUGAUUCCAAGAGUAAUUGGGAAUUUGGAUUUCAAAGUAAUAAAUAAUAAUUCAUAAAUAAAUAGACAAAUAAUCUACAUGAUUAUAGUAGAUAAGUGAAUAGCUUUAAUGAUUAUUACAGGAAUGUUGCCCAAGAGAUUGAAUUUUCUUCAUCUGUUAUUAUUUGUGUAAAUUUAUUGAUUAAUAAGAUGUUGAUAUUGAAUCGAUCCAUAAAAAAAUUGUCGAAACAUUUCCAAGUCGUAGCAAAAAUAAUUGAUCCUGAUAUAAAAAGCUUGGCAUCAGCUGAUUGAAAGUGAAUUGCUCAAGUUCGCGGCGCGUAUUUCUGUACGCACCUUAAUAGCCAUGGUUAUGAAAUUCAAUUUUUCAUAAAACGUCUAGAAUCUUUUUGAUCUAGUCACGAAACAAUCUAAAUUUGAUGAAUUUAUCUUGAUUUCAAAUUUUCCUCGCUAAUUUCUUCGACACUAAACCCUGAUUUCAACUAGGGUAUUGCGAUUAUGAUAGAGUUUAGAAUUUUGGAACAACAGACUCGUUAUUUGAAAUCACAUUGGAAUGCCAAGUUAUAGAGAAUUGAUAUGAAAUACUGAGUCCCGGUAUUAAUGAAAGCUACAAGCUGAUAUGAAUAUUAAUUCAAAUACUUCCACUUGAGUACUUUUUUUGAAUACUGAUACAGAUUCUUCCACUUGAAGUAUUCUAUUUGAAUACAAAACGUCCACUCAAUAGGCAUUUAACCACCAAAUAUAAUCACAAAAGAUUAAAAAAAAACUUUAUUCUCAUCCACCAUUGAAAAGAUACUCAUUCCUCAGAUUAAUAAAUGAAUCUAUAACUUGCGCAUUCUGAUUAUUAGACAUAUGUGUAUCAAGUGUCAUGUACCUUAGCAUUAAUAUUUCUUACUUUUGUAUUAUGAAUACUUUUUUAUACUUUUGUACUACCGUAUCAUACGUUUACCAAUAAGUAGUUUUGUAACAUUUUGUAUAUUUUUGAUAAAUAAAUUUAUUUCUUA